CUCUCAAAUCUACACAUCCAUUCUCCUCAUCUCUCUCUCUCUCUCUCUCUCUCUCUCUCUCUAUCUCUCCGAUCUACAGUCGUUGUGCAGUCGCGUGCUCGUGGGAAAGGAAAAGGGAAAAAUGGCGAGUGCGAAGACAAGCAUCCUCUUUGUGAUCCUUUGCGUUGUCUUGGUACAUGAGGUGCUGGUUUUUGGUGGAGAACAACUCCAAGCCGAAGCUCAGACAAUUGAUUGCAAGUCCAAGUGCAACUACAGGUGCAGCAAGGCAUCGAGGCACAAGAUGUGCAUAAGGGCGUGCAACACGUGCUGCAAGAGGUGCAACUGCGUGCCUCCCGGUACUUCUGGGAAUGAGGACGUUUGCCCUUGCUACGCCAACAUGACCACCCACGGCGGUCGACACAAAUGUCCCUAGAUCACGUUAUACAUCCCGAAGUUCACUCAAAUAUUGGAUAUAAUCUGUACUGCGCUGUGUUUCUCGUUGUAUCUUUGUUCCUGUCUGUCUAAAUGUAAUGCAUGCACGCUUGCAUUUCAUGCAUGCGUGUAGGCAGAAAAGUAAGGUUGGGUUUGUAUGAGAAUGGCAAAUAAAGUUGAAUGUGAGAAGUGUUUUCUAUGUACUUAGCUGGAUUGAUCGUCGGUUCAUUUCCAAGUAAAAGAGGACUUUCGCAUUACUUAGCUGAGGUCUUCGAUUAAUAAAAUGCGUAGCAGAAUUAUGUA